GGUGUUGGAGUGAUGGCAGUCUUGUGACAUUUUGUUGACAUUUGCGAGUUACCGCUCUUUUGUGUUUGCGCAAAGUGCGCAAAAUAACGUCUCGAUCUGGCGCCUUCUCUUCAUGUAACGCCGCUGCGUUGUUGUGUGGUGUUAAAUGUGUAAAUAUCGCAUGUAACAAUCGACAAUGGCAAACAUAAAUUUGGACAAAGAAACUUUUCACCGCCGCUUAAAGAAGUUGUACAGUGCUUGGCAAAAAUCGGAGAGCGAGAAUGGUUUCUCUAAGAUGGAUGCUUUGGUUACAGCCGUCGGUGUGGACGACGAAGUGGUUUACAGUAAGUCGGGGGCCCUCCAGACCUGGCUUUUGGGCUACGAACUGACCGACACCAUCAUGGUCCUGACCGAGAAGAAAGCCCACUUCCUGGCCAGUAAGAAAAAAAUUGAUUUUCUGAGACAAGCCGAAACUAAGGACGAGAAUUCGAUUCAGUUGUCUCUGCAUGUGCGAGACCGCACGAGCGACGAGGCCAAUUUCAAGCUCCUCAUUGACGCGAUCAAAGAGAGCAAGAACGGGAAAACAAUCGGGGUUUUCUCCAAAGACAACUACCCGGGCGCUUUCAUGGACGCCUGGCGCGCGGCUUUGUCCAAAGUUAGCUUCCAGACAGUUGAUGUGAGCGCGGCUAUUGCCUAUUUGCUAUCGCCAAAGGAAGAUUCAGAAAUCAUAACAAUUAAAAAAGCCUGCAUGGUGAGUGUCGAUGUGUUUACCAAGUAUCUCAAAGACCAGAUAAUGGAGAUAAUUGACUCCGAUCGCAAAGUCAAGCACAGCAAACUGGCGGAAGGCGUGGAGUCUGCAAUCGCCGACAAAAAAUACGUUUCGGGCGUCGAUGUUUCUCAGGUUGAUAUGUGCUAUCCUGCCAUAAUCCAGUCAGGGGGCAACUACAGCCUAAAAUUCAGUGUAGUGAGUGACAAGAACACUCUACACUUUGGGGCCAUCAUAUGCUCGCUGGGCGCCCGGUACAAGUCCUACUGUUCAAACAUUGUCCGCACGUUGCUUGUGAACCCAAACGAACAAGUACAAAACAAUUAUAAUUUCCUCGUUACCCUUGAAGAAGAGGUUUUGAAAAAAUUGCAAGCCGGGACAAAGCUUUCAGAGGUAUACGAAGCCGGUUACAACUUUGUUAAGAAAGAAAAGCCUGAACUGGCGGAUAAUCUGACCAAAAAUUUCGGUUUCGCAACGGGGAUUGAAUUCAAAGAGAGCUCGCUUAUGAUCGGCCCAAAAACAACUCUCCCGGCGAAAAAGGGAAUGGUCUUCAACGUCAACAUGGGUUUUAGCAACCUGGAGAACAAAGAUGCGACCGAUAAAGAGGGCAAAACGUACGCGCUGUUUAUUGGCGACACUGUGAUGGUGAAUGAAGGCCAACCGGCCUCGGUCCUCACCAUGUCCAAGAAGAAAAUCAAAAAUAUCGGGAUCUUUCUCAAGGAUGAGUCCGAUGAUGAGGAUAACGACGAUGAGAAAGAAAAUGCCCCAAAACCUGAAAUACUAGGGAGGGGCAAACGCACCGCCGUUUUGGAGUCCAAACUUAGAACCGAACAUACGUCUGAAGAGAAACGAAAAGAGCAUCAGAAGGAAUUGGCUUCGAUGCUGAACGAGAAAGCAAAGGAACGGCUUGCUAAACAAUCGGGAUCGAAGGAUGUUGAAAAAGUUAGGAAAAGCACAGUGUCGUAUAAAAAUGUCAAUCAAAUGCCCCGUGUGCCUGAAGUCAAAGAACUGAAACUCUACGUGGAUCAGAAAUAUGAAACUGUCAUUUUGCCGAUUUAUGGAAUUGCAGUGCCGUUCCAUAUCUCCACCAUUAAGAAUAUAUCGCAGUCGGUCGAAGGCGAUUACACGUACCUUCGGAUCAACUUUUUCCAUCCCGGAUCCACCAUGGGCAGGACCGAUGGUGGCAACUACCAGCAGCCUGAAGCCACUUUCGUCAAAGAAGUUACCUACCGCAGUUUGAACACCAAAGAGCCCGGAGAAAUUUCCCCUCCCUCUUCGAACCUAAACACUGCAUUCCGACUAAUCAAGGAAGUACAACGAAAAUUCAAAACCCGCGAAGCGGAAGAACGCGAAAAAGAAGAUCUUGUUAAACAAGACACGCUGGUCUUGUCGCAGAACAAGGGCAAUCCCAAGCUUAAAGAUCUUUACAUACGACCUAAUAUCGUCACAAAGCGUAUGACCGGCGCUUUGGAAGCUCACAGUAACGGUUUCCGGUACACUUCAGUCAGAGGCGACAAAGUUGAUAUUUUAUACAAUAAUAUUAAGAAUGCAUUCUUUCAACCUUGCGACGGUGAAAUGAUCAUACUUUUGCAUUUUCACCUGAAGCAUGCGAUCAUGUUCGGGAAAAAGAAGCACGUGGACGUGCAGUUUUACACGGAAGUAGGUGAAAUCACGACUGAUUUAGGCAAACACCAGCAUAUGCAUGAUAGGGAUGAUUUGGCUGCUGAGCAGUCUGAGAGGGAGUUGAGGCACAAGCUGAAGACGGCGUUCAAGAGCUUUUGCGAAAAGGUCGAAGCGAUGACAAAACAAGAAAUCGAGUUCGAUACGCCGUUCCGGGAGCUCGGCUUUCCCGGAGCCCCCUACAGGUCCACAGUAUUACUCCAGCCGACGUCGGGUUGCCUCGUCAAUUUAACCGAAUGGCCCCCGUUCGUAAUUACGCUCGAAGACGUCGAAUUAGUCCACUUCGAAAGAGUCCAAUUCCAUUUGAAAAACUUCGAUAUGAUUUUCGUCUUCAAGGACUACCAACGCAAAACCGCAAUGGUGAACGCCAUCCCGAUGAAUAUGCUGGACCAUGUCAAAGAAUGGCUCAACUCUUGCGACAUCCGCUACUCCGAAGGUGUCCAGUCGUUAAACUGGGUCAAAAUCAUGAAAACAAUCACCGAUGAUCCCGAGGGAUUUUUCGAAAGCGGCGGAUGGACGUUCCUGGACCCGGAAUCGGACGAAGAAGCCCAGGCCCAAGAGGAGGAAACGGAGGACGAGGACGAAGUUUACGAACCGACCGACAUGGAAAGCGUGUCGGAAGAAAGCGAGGAAGAUUCCGAAUACUCUGAAGGCGACACUGAGGAGAGUGACGAAAGCGCUUCCGGGGAGGACGAUCUAGGAUCUGAUGAAGAAUCCGGGAAGGACUGGUCCGACCUGGAGCGGGAAGCAGCCGAGGAGGACCGGGAACGCAAUUUCGACGAUACUUUCGACCGGAAAAAGUCGCAUCACAAGUCGAGCAAACCCAGCAAACACUCGUCGAGUAAAAGCAACCACAAAGGCUCGCCGAGCAAACAUUCAAACAACCAUCAUUCCUCAAGUAGCAAACAUUCGAGUUCGAAACAUAGCAGCAGAGAUAGUGAUAGGCGUAAAUCUUCUUCAAGUUCGAAAUCGAAAUCUUCACCCUCGAAAGACAAGGACCGCCAUCACAGAAGCUCGCAUUCGGAUUCGAAAAAGCGCAGUCGGGAGGAGAGCAGCGAUAAACACAAGUCCAAGAAGUCGAAGAAGUAAUUCGAGGAAGUUGUUUUUACCGUUGUAUUUGUAUAAGUUAUUUUUAUGUUAGAGAUUUGUGUUUCAAGUUCUGUGUUUCGUUCAGGCUAAGUUCUUUCCACUGAAUGUACAGAUUAAACUUUUGAUAUAAA